AUGGACAACAAGCAGCAGCACAGCGCAAAACUGGUUGAGCAGGCUGAUCUCAUGAGUCACAAACUGAUCCGUGUUGCCGUUUUGUGGCAUGAACUCUGGCAUGAGGGCCUGGAGGAAGCUUCUCAUUUGUAUUUUGGUGACCAUACUCUUCCGCAGUUGUCUACUCUUGACUUGAAAUACGUUUCGCCUAAGCUUAAGGAUUGCUUGGAUUUUGACUUGGCUGUUCCGGGUAUCUACCAGAGUGGUAGACUGAUCAUCCGGAUUAUCAGCUUUGACCCGAUUCUCCAUGUUCUGCAAAUGAAGAAGCGGCCUAGGAGGAUGACACUGAAGGGCAGUGAUGGAAGCCCUUACAUGUACACUCUCAAGGGACAUGAAGAUAUCAGACAGGAUGAGCAUGUCAUGCAGCUGUUCAGUCUCAUCAACACACUGCUUGACAAUGAUGGUGAAAGCUUCAAGCGUCAUCUUUCUGCCCACUCUGGUCUCCUGGGAUGGGUUUCCAACAGUGACACAUUACACACGCUUAUCAUGGAAUACCGAGAGAGCCGCCGCAUUCUGCUUAACAUUGAGCACCAUAUCAUGCUCCAGAUGGCAUCUGACUAUGAUAACCUUACACUGAUGCAGAAGGUCAAGGUCUUCAGAUAUGCUAUGGACAACACCACCAGAAAGGAUCUGUACUCCUGGCUCGAGCGACGCACGAACUACACGCGCUCACUUGGUGUCAUGUCCCAUGGUUACAUUCUCAGUCUGGGUGAUCACCACCCUUCCAACUUGCUUCUCGACCACGUUACAGGCAAGAUUGUUCACAUUGAUUUCAGUGACUGCUUCGAGGUUGUGAUGCAUCACGAGAAGUACCCUGAGCGAGUGCCAUUCCAGUUGACUCGUAUGUUGAUAUUCGCUAUGGAAGUCAGCAAUAUUGAGGGUAGUUAUCAGAUUACAUGUGAGGCUGUGAUGCGUGUUCUGAGGGAGAAUAAGGAUUCAUUGAUGGCUGUUUUGGAAGCGUUCAUCCAUGACCAUCUGAUCAACUGGCGUCUGGGAGUCCGUGAAUCUCCUCCGGGGAGAAUGUCCUUUAUAGCCGAACGUCGCCAGUCGGUGGCUACAAACCUCAACCCAGAAAAUGGUGCCCAGCCCAGCACCUACACCCGUCCCCGCUGUCCCUCCAUUCUUGAAGGUGGUAUCCUGGAUGCUCAGGAGGGCGUCCCCAACGAAGCCCGGGAGCUGCAGAACGCACGCGCACUGCAAGUUCUUGCUCGUGUCCAGGAGAAGCUGACGGGCCGCGAUUUCCGGCCGUAUGAGGAACUCGAUAUCAGCGACCAGGUGGACAAGCUGUUAGCGCAGGCGACGAAUGUGGAGAAUAUCUGCCAACACUGGAUUGGAUGGUGCAGUUUCUGGUGA